CUCAGAGAGAUUGAGAGCAGAAACGGUUGCUGCUAAGAAGAUAAUGGAUUGAUGACAUGUGGGACAAGAAUUGGUGCUUGCUUGCUCCCUCUCUUUCGGGCAAAGCAGAAACAACCACUCUGUUCUUAACAUCUUAACUGUCAUUGCAUAUAUUAGGGUUUAGAAAUGGUGGUUGAAUGAGAGAUUUUUCUUGAUUUUGUGGGGUUUAGAGUGGAAAACUGGACAUGGGUAUUUAGUUUUUUGAUGUAAUUUGUGAGAGAAAUGGGGGCUAUUGGUGGGGAGGAGUUGAUGAAGUGGGAGAAAAUGGAUGGUGUUGGUAAUGGAAGAGAAGAGAAGAUUUUGGUGUUGGUGAGAUUGAGGCCUUUGAAUGAGAAAGAAAUUUCUAGAAAUGAUGUUUCAGAUUGGGAAUGUAUUAAUGAUACAACAGUUCUCUUUAGGAAUAGUCUGCAGGAAAGAUCCAUGUUCCCUACUGCAUAUUCAUUUGAUCGAGUAUAUGGUGGAGACUCGACGACUAGGCAAGUCUACGAGGAAGGAGCUAAAGGGAUUGCACUUUCGGUUGUUAGUGGCAUCAAUUCAAGCAUUUUUGCAUAUGGGCAAACGAGUAGUGGGAAAACAUACACGAUGACAGGGAUAACAGAGUAUACCGUGGCAGAUAUAUAUGAUUAUAUGCAAAAACAUGAAGAAAGGGCGUUUGUUUUGAAAUUUUCGGCUAUAGAGAUCUAUAACGAAGCCAUAAGAGACCUUCUAAGCACAGAAAAUAUCCCACUUCGGGUUUUGGAUGAUCCGGAGAAAGGGACAAUUAUAGAGAGACUUACAGAGGAAACUUUAAGGGAUUGGAGCCACCUCAAACAACUUCUAUCCGUUUGCGAAGCUCAAAGAAAAGUGGGAGAGACAUCCCUCAAUGAAACAAGUUCAAGAUCUCACCAGAUUCUUAGGCUGACGAUUGAAAGUUCGGCUCGUGAGUUCAUAGGGAAGGAUAAGUCGACAAAACUUGCAGCUAGCGUGAACUUUGUUGAUCUUGCCGGAAGUGAGCGCGCAGCUCAGGCAUUAUCGGUGGGGCAAAGAUUGAAAGAAGGUUGCCACAUAAAUCGUAGUUUAUUGACAUUGUCGACUGUGAUUCGGAAGCUAAGCAAGGGCAAACAUGGGCAUGUUAAUUACCGGGAUUCGAAGCUGACACGCAUAUUGCAACCGUGCUUGGGAGGCAAUGCACGAACGGCCAUUAUUUGCACCUUAAGUCCGGCUCGAGAACACGUUGAACAAUCCAAGAAUACUCUUCUAUUUGCUAGUUGCGCGAGGGAAGUGACUACAAAUGCUCAAGUUAACGUGGUGAUGUCCGAUAAGGCCUUGGUGAAACAUUUACAAAAAGAAUUGGCCAGAUUAGAAAAUGAGCUAAGAACACCCGCCCCUCCGGAUUAUACGGCACUCCUGAGGAAGAAAGAUCAACAAAUUGAAAAGUUGGAGAAAGAGGUGCGAGAUCUUAUCAAGCAAAGGGAUCUUGCUCAAUCUCGUAUUGAAGAAUUGUUACUAGCCGUUAGAAACGAUCAAGCUUCAACACAAUGGGUUGGACAAGAAGGUAGCACAUGUGAAGAUGGAUAUUUGGCAUCUGAAACAUCAAGUGUUAAGUUAUCCGGUAAAACUCCACAGCAAGAAAACACUAAUUCGCCCUCAUCAUCGAGUAGAACUUUGUAUGCAACGAGAACCGAAGAAGAUUCCAGCGAUAUCUGCAAGGAGGUUCGAUGUGUUGAAACCGAUGGAUCCACCAAUGAUCACAUGGCUUCGGACUCGGCCGGCAUUUCCAACGGCGAAGUCGAAUCAGCGUUGCGUCCCACCGAAAGAAACCACUUCCGGAAUCGGGUUAACAUCGGGGCAUUGGAGCAGAAUUUCCAAGAUUUGCAGAACACCAUAAAUUCAUUAGUUACACCACCGUAUGCCGAGGAAGAACAGGAAGUACAAUCGCAGAUAUCGAAUUCCACGAGCUUUAAGCUCACUAGGAGCAGGAGUUGUAGAGCUAAUCUUAUGACUAGUUCUUCCCCACCGGAAUUUGAGAACACCCCACCUAAUGAUUUCGAUAAAGGGUUUCCAGGACGACCUGAAGGCGGUGGCGGUGGUGGCAUGCAGCGGAAGCUAUGGGAUCUUCCACCACCGGAGUAUGGUGGUGCCGCCGGUGGGAAGCUGUUGAGAAGCGAUUCACAAUCUUCCCUUGGAAGUGUUAUGUUGGACGAGGCUCAGAAGAACAAAAACUCUGGAGAAGAAGAUAUUAUUCCUAGUGUAGAUACAUUCGUUGCAGGAUUGAAGAAAAUGGCAAAACUUCAGUAUGACCAGGUUCAUGGAUCAGGAGCGGAAGGUGACGGAUUAGGGAAAGACGUCAAAAGCAUAGGAUUGAAUUCGAUUUCGGAUUCACCGCCCGCAGAUUGGCCUCAAGAAUUUGCAAGGCUGCAGAAAUCUAUACUUGAACUUUGGGAAGCUUGCAAUGUUUCUUUGAUUCAUCGGACGUAUUUUUUCUUGUUAUUUAGAGGCGACCCGAUGGAUUCUAUUUACAUGGAAGUCGAGGUUCGGAGGCUUUCGUUUCUCAAGGAAACGUUUUCGAAGGGAAAUCCCGCGGUUCAAGAUGGGCACACUCUAACGUCCGCGUCAAGCAUCAAAGCUCUUCGGAGGGAGAGAGGAAUGUUAAGCAGGCUGAUGAACAAACGGUUUUCCGAGGAAGAAAAGAAGAAACUUUACCAAAAAUGGGGUGUGAAUCCGAACUCAAAACGAAGGCGGUUGCAGCUGAUCCACCGUCUCUGGAGCAACACGGAGGAUCCAAAUCAGGUCCACGAUAGUGCUUCCAUGGUCGCAAAGCUGAUCAGGUUCUCGGAGCAGGGUCAAGCACUCAAGGAGAUGUUCGGGCUUAGCUUCAGCCCGCCAAAAAUGGUCAGGAGAUCGUUGGGUUGGAAACACAGCAUGGCUUCGAUCUUGUAAGUCAAAGGUUUUAUAGUUGACUUUCCGAUGAACAGAUUGACAAAAGUAAGCGUUUAACCGAUACGUGUUUUUUUUAGUAUAUGCUUAUAAGUGGUAGUAUAUCGAAAUUGGAUUUUUCGUUCAUUGUUGGUUGUGGGACGAACAUGAAUUCGAAUUUUACUGAUUUGGGCUUGUUGUUCUCAAUGAAAUACGGUUUCUUG